UGUAGGCUGCUGCGACACAGGAAACCAGACACUUGCACUUUCCUUCCCUCUAUCUGAAGGAGCUUCUUCUUCCCAACUCUCUUCGGUAUUUUGAACUCAUUUCCUCUUCGGAAAUGUCAGAUGCAAUCCCAUUGCCCCCACCUGCACCACCCAGAUCGGCCAUGGACCUCUUCUCCGAUCCACUAGAUUCUCACCCGCUCUGGUUCAAACCUUCUCUCUUCCUAUCUCCAACUUUCGAUUCCGAAUCCUACAUCUCGGAGCUCCGAACUUUUGUCCCAUUUGACACGCUUCGAUCUGAGCUUCAGGCCCACCUUGCCUCGCUCAACCACGAACUCGUCGACCUCAUCAACCGUGACUAUGCCGACUUCGUCAACCUCAGUACCAAGCUCGUCGACGUCGACGCCGCCGUUGUUCGCAUGCGGGCCCCGCUUCUGGAACUCCGCGAGAAGAUCCAGGGAUUCCGAGCUUCCGUGGAGGCCGCACUCGUUGCGCUCAGAAAUGGAUUGCAGCAGCGAUCCGAGGCUGCCGCCGCUAGGGAAAUCCUCGAGUUAUUGCUCGAUACGUUUCACGUUGUUUCUAAGGUUGAAAAACUUAUAAAGGAGCUACCAAGCGUGCCUUCAGAUUGGUCAAAUGGGGAUGCGAAUUUGACAGGAAAAAAUGCUAUCAGCAAUGGGAAUUCAUCACAGCAUGUUGAGAAUGGAACGAAUCUGAGGGAGACUCAGAGCAUGCUUUUGGAAAGGAUAGCCAGUGAGAUGAAUAGACUGAAGUUCUAUAUUGCUCAUGCACAGAAUCUUCCUUUCAUUGAGAACAUGGAAAAAAGGAUUCAGAGUGCUAGCCUGCUAUUAGAUGCGAGCCUUGGUCAUUGUUUUGUGGAUGGGUUGGAAAACCGAGAUGCAAAUGCAAUUUACAAUUGCUUACGUGCAUAUGCUGCUAUUGAUAACACCAGAAAUGCAGAAGAAAUUUUUCGCACUACUGUUGUGGCUCCUUUGAUAGAAAAAAUUAUUCCACAUGGAACUUCAGCAGUGGUUGCUACAGCAUCUGGGGAUGAUCUUCAGAGUGAUUAUCAACAAAUCAAGCAACGUAUCGAGAAGGAUUGCAAAUUUUUGUUGGAAAUUUCUUCUACAGAAAAUUCAGGUUUACACGUCUUUGACUUCUUAGCCAAUUCAAUCCUGAAAGAGAUACUCUUAGCCAUUCAAAAGGGAAAACCCGGUGCUUUUUCUCCUGGAAGACCUACUGAGUUCUUGAAAAAUUACAAAGCAAGCCUGGAUUUCCUGGCUCAUCUUGAAGGCUAUUGUCCAUCAAUAUCUGCUGUCACAAAAUUUCGAGCGGAACCUGUCUAUAUUGAGUUCAUGAAGCAAUGGAAUGUUGGGGUAUACUUUUCUUUAAGAUUCCAGGAGAUAGCUGGAGCUCUUGAUUCUGCACUUACAACUUCCAGUCUUGUUCCCGUUCAGAAUUCACAAUCUGACCGAGGAAGUUCGCAAGACUUAAUUUUGAAACAGAGUACUACUCUUUUGGAGAGCUUGAGAUCCUGCUGGAGGGAAGAUGUUGUUGUCCUUUCUUCUGCUGAUAAGUUUCUUCGCUUGACCUUGCAGAUUAUUUCAAGAUACUGCAACUGGUUGUCAUCGGGAUUGACUGCUCGGAAGAUGGGUAAUUCUGGCUCUUCCUGAUGUGAAUGGGCUGUUUCAGCUACCCAGAACUGUUAUUUUCAGAUUAUUCAUGACAUAAACUGUCUGGCCUUGGAGGUUUGCAGUGACUACCUUGGUCAUGUACUGCAACUUCUAUCUUCAUGCUCCAUGGAGGUUCUUGACCUAGUAAAGCAGAGUAUUUUACGGGGUGGGGAAUCACUGAAGGGUCUAGUACCUUCGGUUGUCAACACAAUAGUAGAUUCCCUUGUUGAGAAGUCAGUUGAGGACUUGAGACAACUAAAGGGAAUAACUGCUACCUACAGAAUGACAAAUAAACCUCUUCCUGUCAGGCAUUCACCGUAUGUUGCGGGAGUACUGCGUCCCUUAAAGCUUUUCUUGGAUGGAGAACGAGCUGUAGCUUAUUUGACAAAAGAAACUAGGAAUAACCUACUUGUUGGUGCUGCAACUGAAAUCACACGUCGAUAUCAUGAAUUGGCUGCUGACCUUGUUAGUGUGGCUAGGAAAACAGAGUCUUCGCUUCAGAGAAUACGUCAAGGUGCACAAAAGCGAGCUGGGGCAAGCUCAGACGUCACAGACCACAAUGUGUCCGACACUGACAAGAUUUGCAUGCAGUUGUUCCUUGAUAUUCAGGAGUAUGGGCGCAACCUUGCUGCGAUGGGAGUUGACGCCACCACCAUCUCCUCAUAUUGUUCAUUGUGGCAAUGCGUAGCUCCUCCUGAUAGGCAAGGCCAUAUUGCUUUCCAGGAGUUCGGCUUUUCUCACACCAGAAACCUGUAGAUGUAUCCAAAUAUAUAUAUAUAUAUAUUUUACAUGUUGAUUUUAUUAGAGAACUUUAUUUUCUUUUCUUUUGUGAUUUUACUAGCUACUGUUGGAAGAUUCAUAUGUAUACUGGUCCUAAAAUAUAAAUGCUCAUAUAAUUGCUAUUGAUAAA